CAACCCGUCGCUCCCGCUUCUUUGAGAGCGGAGACGGGCGCGGAUCAGGGCGUGUCCGCGAACUCUUGGGUCCGCCUUGUGACUCUCCGCCUGCCUCGCGGGACGGGCUCCCUUUCCUGAAGGCCGCCCGCUCCCCCCCCCACUUGGUUUUCGCCUCUUUUGGGACUGAGGCGGGUAACCCGGGGCGGGCGCGGGUCUCGUUCCCCGCCCCCCUUCCUCGCGCGGGUGGUGGUUCCCCCCCCUCCCCAUGCAGGCGCUUCCCACGUGCUUCUUCGGAGCGCCGUCCGCGGGCGAAGGUGGGCCUCGGAAAGUUUCUGCCUUUCGGGCGAAGACGUUUUGGGCUCCCAUUCAUUGCGUCCGCCGCUCGUUGGCACCCAGGGCGGCAGUGCCGGAGUUGCUGGCUCCAGCUGUUGAUUCAGAAUGGGAGACAAGCCUAUUUGGGAACAGAUUGGUUCCAGCUUUGUACAGCAUUAUUACCAGUUAUUUGAUACAGAUAGGACUCAGUUAGGCGCAAUAUAUAUAGAUGCCUCAUGCCUUACAUGGGAAGGACAACAAUUUCAGGGCAAAGCAGCAAUUGUUGAAAAACUCUCUGUAAGUUUCUAUACUAGUAACUAUUGCUUGAGCCUUCCCUUUCAGAAAAUACAACACAGUAUCACAGCGCAAGAUCAUCAACCUACACCUGAUAGCUGUAUACUGAGUAUGGUGGUUGGGCAGCUCAAGGCUGAUGAAGAUCCUAUUAUGGGAUUCCACCAGAUAUUUCUAUUAAAGAACAUCAAUGAUGCUUGGGUUUGCACCAAUGACAUGUUCAGGCUAGCAUUGCACAACUUUGGUUGAGACAGCAUCUCCGAGGCACCUGUCCAUUUCUUUUUUCCUCCUCCUUACAGAUAUUAAUCACAUUCAUGGAACAUUCCAAAUAUCAUACACAAACCUACAACACCAUGGCAAGCCAGCGAGACCUGUGACAUGUCUUUCCGAAGAGUUUAUGUUGUGUCACUAGAAGAGUUCCUUGUGCAUGAUGUUUGGAAGUUAGACUUAGCUGCAUUUGACAAAGGAAGUGUGUGUUUUACCAGCAUGCCUCGGGAAGAAUCCUAAUACAAAAGGUUGUGUUUCUGUACUGACAGGUUUUUCUAAUAACCCAAAGAAGUAAAAGGAAAAAAAAGAACAGCAGCCUGAAUCCAGUUCAAAUAUUGGGGUUUUUUUUUGUUGUUCCAAUGUUUCACUGCUAUAUUAAACAAUAAAACCAUGCAAUUUUCCUAACAGGUUAAA